ACAGUUUUUGCGUAGCAGUCAGCCGCAGUUCGCUGGAAAGAGGGGUGUUUUACGUUAUUUACUCGUUAUUUGGCUGCGCCGAAAAUAAGGGAGCACAUUUAAUUGUCUCUCCCUUGCACUCCUACUCCUGACUCCUGGCAGCGAAUCCCUGCGAUGCCCACACUCACACAACAUUCGACGACGCCGACGUCGGUGCUCCAGGAGUGAGGCGCGCGCGUGGACGCACAACCCUCCUCAUUCCGAGUGGUGACGACGUCCUGGCAGGAUGAGGCCGCCGGUCCCCGUCUAGAACGAGUGUGUGUACACAGCUUGUGAACUUUAGUGCGCUGCAAUAUCUUCAGGAAUACUCCUCGUCCGCUGCCAGCUUUUGUGGAUUACCAGAAAAAAAAAGUGGUCCAGGAUCAGCAGAAAGGCAGAUAAAAAAAGUUCGCAUCCAAGAUGAACUUUUCACCGUUCGGGACUCACUUCCCGGGGACCAUCCCGGGGAUUCAUCAGUUUGCCAGCGCGGGUGGACUGGUCACAAGUGUCCCGUCGUCGACGAACCACGACUCGAACAAUCGAUAUCACACCAUCCAGUCGAACGUGAAUUCGCACUUCAACCAGGGCCACAAGUACAACGGCCACACGAACGUGACCAGCGCUCCGGCCACGACGACCAGCGGCCAGUACUCGAUUCCGUACAGCCAGCACUCGUCGUCGGAUCCGAACGACCACAAGCAGCGCAACAUGUACCCGGGACAAACGACGGCCGUGAGCACCACCUCGUCAGGGCCCGUCCAGUCCUCUCAGGAACUCAGCCAGGACAUCACGGCCCUGCUCCAGCAAGCGGACAGCAAACGUGUCCUGCAGAACCCGAGCAGCUGGCAAACCCUAGCCCCCGGGGCAUCCGUGGCGGAUUACCUGUCCCACCUGCCAGGAACGGCACUGCCACUCUCGCUGCACCACUUCCUCAAGUACUCGGCCGAGAAUAUCAAGAAGGAAACGCAGAAUCCGUCUGCGCUGGAUAUGGGACAGAAUGGUAACGGACAGCAGCAGCAUGGCAAUGGGAUGAUUAUCCCGGCGACGCAAACCAUUGCGAACAUUUUGGGUCAACCUGGCGGACAAGGGCAAGGGCAGCAGCAGCAUGGACAGCAAGGACCCACCUCCAGCUCCGGUCCCGUGAACGGCAACGCCGCCAACGGAGCCCCCGGCGACAAGAAGAAAAAGAAAAAGAAGAAAAAGCCCCCAAAGGAGCGCAAGCCCCGACCGAAACCGGGCGAGAUCCAGGUACGAACCGCUCUGGACGGCAGCCCGCUGUUCCUGUGUCCCGAGUGCCAGAUGGCCUACCCGGAGCGGGAACUGCUUGAGCAACAUCUAAUUGGGCACAACCUGGAGCGUCGGUUUAUUUGCGACAUUUGCAACGCCGCGCUCAAACGGAAGGACCACCUGACGCGCCACAAGCAGAGCCACAACCCGGAACGGCCGUUCGUCUGUACGAUUUGCAUGAAGGCCUUUAAGCGCAAGGAACAGUUGACGCUCCACAUCGUGAUCCAUUCCGGAGAAAAGAGACAUAUCUGCCAGGAGUGUGGAAAAGGCUUCUACCGCAAGGACCACCUCCGGAAGCACACCCGGUCGCACAUUGCCCGCCGACUGAAGGCCGAAAUACAGGCCCAGCAGGGUGGAACCGAGGGCGGAUCCACAACCGGAUCAUCCCGCGGCAACAGUCAAUCCCAACAGCAGCAGCAGCAACAACCCCAACCAGGUCCACCUCCCCAACUGCAGCUGCCACCGCAGAGCACAAAUCAGCAACUUCAGCCGCCGCAGUACCAUCCGAUUCCGCCGGCGUCGCAGAUGAUGUCCUGAAUGACUCGGAGCAACGGUUGAAAUUAGUAACAUUUUGUGCGUGCGAUUGUGUCGUGACUUUUGGUAGAGAAGGUCUUUCCCCCCGCAUUCUUCACUCAAUUAAAAAAAAAGAAUAAUUAGUGUAAUGUCAAAUUUUAGCAUCAAUUAGGCUUAGUAUUAUUGUGCAAUUCAAGUUUCGUUUUGUUUCGCAAACGUUGCGAUUUGUUCUUAAUUUUAUUCAAUUGAUUUGUUCUAGUCAAAAUUUUCACAAGUCAUUCGCAUUUUAUGCGAGUUCGGGAGCGCGCAAAGGUUUCUUCUUAGCGAAAGAAAUAAGCAUAUUACACGAGAAACUUUAGUUAUUUACUGCAAUAGUUGAGGUUUUUUGUUCUACCAACAUAGAUGGUUUGUUUAAGUUAUCACGAAUCAAGAUCUCACACAUUAUACGAAGUAAGAAAAACUCAUGAAAAACACAUUAAAAUGUAAUUGCACCUAGUCGAUAAGAUGUAACCCCGGAAAUGAAUUAUAUGCGCAACAAUAAAUAUUUUGAUACGACUGAUGGAUUUUCAUCUUUC